GUUACAAGUGUUACUGUAGUGGGAAGUGUUACGUGGAGGUGACGACACAACACUUGUACUCUCCUCCUCCUCUUAUCUGAGGUUGUUAGGUUGUGGUGGAGUAUUAAUGGUGGUGAAGAGUAGUAUGGCAGUGAUGGUGAUGAUGGUGGUGGUGUUGGUGAUGGUCACUAGUGGUGUUAAUGGUGUUAUGUUCCACUUACAACCUAACACACAGAAGUGUCUCAGGGAGGAGAUACAUAAAAAUGUCCUCGUGUCUGGCGAGUACGAGAUCCAGGAGUCUCCAGGACAGAAGGUGGAUAUACAGGUUACAGACUCUAAAGGUCAUCAUUUGUAUUUAAAAGAAGAAGCUGAGACUGGCAAGUUUAUAUUCAAUACUGAAGACUAUGAUGUGUAUGAAAUCUGUUUUAUCUCCAGGGUUCCUCCAACUCAACGAGGUAUCCAGCAGGAGGUUACUCUCAAAACUAAGCAUGGGGUGGAAGCCAAGACAUAUGAAUCAUUGGGCGAAGCAGCCAAGCUAAAACCUCUUGAGGUUGAACUGAAACGUCUGGAAGAUCUUAGUGAGAGCAUUGUACAAGACUUCUCAUACAUGCGUCAACGUGAAGAGGACAUGAGGGACACCAACGAGUCCACUAACUCCCGAGUGUUGUACUUGUCUCUGUUUUCACUGUGCUGCCUCAUUGGUCUGGCAACCUGGCAGGUUCUCUACCUCCGCAAGUUCUUCAAAGCCAAGAAACUCAUAGAGUGAAAAAAGAAUCUCUGGAAAGGAUAUCAUAUAUCAAGGUGUUUCAAUAUUGGGAAGCACCUCUUUGAAUGCCAUUAAAAUUCAAAAAAAAAAAACUAGAUUUUUUGUCCUUUCAUUUUAUAAUUAAAGAGUGGCAUGGUUUUUAAUUAAAUAUG